AUGACCGCCAUCCUGGAAGCUAAUAUCACCUUUGCCCUGGACCUUCUGAAGAAACUGGGGGAAGAUAAUUGCAACAACGUGUUCCUCUCACCCCUGAGCAUCUCCUCUGCCCUGGCUAUGGUCUACCUGGGGGCCAGGGGUAUCACCGCAAAGGAGAUAUCCAAGGCCCUCAGCUUCCACCGGGUCAGUGGUGAUGUGCACCAGGGCUUUCAGGAUGUGAUGGGCUUCGUGAACAAGCCAGGUACCCAGUACCAGCUGAAGAUGGCCAACCGUCUCUUUGGAGCCAAGACCUGCGAGUUCUUGUCCUCUUUCAAGGACUCCUGCCUCAAAUUUUACCAUGCUGAGAUGGAGGAGCUGGAUUUCACUCAGGCUGCUGAGGAGUCCCGGAAUCACAUCAACUCCUGGGUUGCCCAGAAGACAGAAGGCAAGAUUACAGAUCUCCUGAAACCUGGUAUGGUUAAAUCAGAGACUCUGCUGGUUUUGGCCAAUGCCAUCUACUUCAAAGGAAACUGGGCAAGUCGGUUUAAGGAGAAAAAUACCAAGGAAAGACCCUUCAAAGUCAGCAAGAAAGUUAGGAAGCCGGUACCGAUGAUGUACCAGAAAGACACCUUUAAAAUGACCUACAUUGAAGAGAUCUUUACCAAGAUCCUGGUGCUGCCCUAUGUAGGCGAAGAGCUGAGCAUGAUCAUCAUGCUCCCAGAUGAGGACAAGGACCUGAAGACGGUGGAGAGUGUGCUCACCUACGAGAAGUUCAAGGAGUGGACGCAGAUGGACAUGAUGUAUGAUGAUGAGGUGGAGGUGCUACUCCCCAGGUUUAAGCUGGAGGAGAACUACGACCUGGAGCCCGUCCUCGGGAAGCUGGGCAUGACCCUGGCCUUCGACCAGGCCGCAGCCGACUUCUCGGGCAUGUCGUCCCAGCAGGACCUGUGCCUGUCCAAGGUGGUGCACAAGGCCUUCGUGGAGGUGAACGAGGAGGGCACCGAGGCGGCUGCAGCCACUGGAGCUACAGUGGAGCUUCGCUGCCUCCAGAUCCCGUCCCGCUUCUGCGCUGACCACCCCUUCCUCUUCUUUAUCCAGGACAGCCAGACCCAAAGCAUCCUAUUCUGUGGUCGUUUUUCUUCUCCUUGA